ACUGCAGCUUGAGGCAGCAGCAGCAGCAGCAGCAGCAGCAGAGCAUUGAUCAUAUAUUGAUAGCAUUCCAGUGUCUCAAGCUCAAGCUUGAGUGCAAGUUCGAGUGCGAGUCAAGUGAAUCCGUUGAAUUAGUUGAUUGCCAGCAAUUGAAGCGAACUAAGCGCAGUGAUUAGCAGUGCAGCAAUUAGAAAAACAAGAUGCCAAAUCAGUUGCUUCUGUUGUUGUUGUUGUUGUUGCUGCCACUAAUAGGCGCUCAACAGACGUUGACCAGGCAACAAACAGCAAAUCUGGCCACCACGCAUUACGGCAAUUGCUUUACGGCGGACUAUGGAGCGGGACGCUGCGUGUAUCGCAAUGAUUGCGACUUCUACGAUGUGGAUUUGCUGGAUGCGUCCAGCAAGCGCCAGUGCUACUCACAGCAGCGACCCGAAUUGGUUUGCUGUCCACGCGAGCAGAACGCGCUGCCCGCGCUAGCAGCCAGAAUUAGCAACAAAACGGCGCCAGCAGUUGCCAAGUUGAGCGUCGCCAGCGUUGGCGCUGGCGCUGCCCCCAAGCCGCUUGGUCAGGCCGAUGCGUUGCCUCAGCAUCCGCACUGCGGCACCAGCUUCGCCUUCAAGGUGUACGGCGGCAACGACACGGGCCUGCUGGAGUUUCCCUGGACCACGCUGCUCGAGUAUACGCGCCAGUCGAACCAGCGCAAGGAGCACGCCUGCGGCGCCACGUUCAUCGCGCAGCGCUGGCUGCUGACGGCGGCGCACUGCGUGCACGAGCAUUUCCUGGGCGCGGACCGACUGCUGACGGGUGCGCGGCUGGGCGAGUGGAAUCAGUCGAGCGAUCCGGACUGCAUAACGCUGUGGAACGGCAAGCGCGAGUGCGCGCCGCCGCAUAUACAGGCGCAGAUCGAGCGCGCGCUGAUGCAUCCGGAGUUCGAGCUGGGCAAUCUGACGCACGAUAUUGCGCUGCUGCGUCUCAAGCAGGCGGUCGACUGGCGGCAGCUGCAGCAUGUGGAGCCGGUCUGCUUGCCGCCGGUGCGUGGCAGCGCCGCGGAUCAGCUGGCGGGCAGCGCUGUCGACGUCUCCGGCUGGGGACUGAACGAGAACAGCACGUCGAGCGUCAUAAAGCAAAAGGCGAUGCUCUAUGUGCUGCCGCAGUCAAAGUGCCGCAGCGACUACGAGCAGCAGGGCUAUGCGCUGACCGAGGGUCAGCUGUGCGCCUCGGGCGGCAUCAAUGUGGACUCCUGCUCCGGCGACUCGGGCGGCCCGCUGACCGUUGAGGCCUACACGCCGCAGCGCGAUCGCUUCGUCUACUUGGCCGGCAUCGUCUCCUACGGCAAGAAGCGCUGCGGCCGCACGGACUUUCCCGGCGUCUACACACGCGUCAGCAGCUACAUGGACUGGAUUGAGCAGACGAUACGCGACAAUAGCGACAGCUAAGCGGGGGAAUUUUCACGCAGUUCAAAUGUUCAACUGACGUCAUUUCAAGAACUGACGUCACUGCUUCCGCUUCCGACCAACCAAGCAACCAACCAAUCAGCUGUUGAGCAGUUAAACUAGAUUAAAUUCCUGCUGCAUAACUUGAAACUCUCUACGCGUGUGUGUGUGUGUGUGUGUGUGUGUCUGGUUCAUUGUACUCGGACGCUGAUUAAGCAAAACGCUUUGCAAACUUUCCAUUGGCUGCAGCUUGCACUUUUUCUAUUUUUAAUUCUAUUUCGGUCGAUCGGGCUGCAGUUUGUCGUGUAACUCGUUUGUCGUGACUCUCAACUAGUUUGCAUAGUCAUUUGCUUAGCAUUCGCCACUAUUCGCGGCAAUGAGUAAUUUAUUAGCCAACACUAUCGCCACUAACUCAGGCAUAAACCAAAUUAUUUAUACACAGGCGCCCAGCAAUGGCAGCA